CUGGAUGAGCCAAAGUAUUAUAUCCUUUUGUGAAUGUUUUCAGUUUUAUUUUCACUCGGAUGCAACUGCACUGGACCAGGAAGCAGCUUUCAGUUUCGAUUCUGUGCGUGUGGGAGGAGAUAUUACACCAAAGACAAGUCAACAUGGAUGAACUCGUCUACUUCCUGCUGUUCAAAUAAUGCUGAAGAUACGAAAGUCUCCUUCAUGAAAUGACUCUUUCAGAUCACUCUAGAAACUGACUGACUGAAGCGAUAAAAUAGAGGAGGAUGAAGAAACGAAGCUGUAAGAAGAGACAGCAGACAGGGUCGUCCUGCCAUUCUAAGAAGAAGAAACAAGUCAAGAGACAAAACUGCUCCAAAACAUCUUCAGGUCAAAAAAACACUCAAAACAAAUCUCAACUUCCUGUUACAUGUGGCUAUAAAGAGGGUGUCCUGUAUUUGAAGAAAUAUUAUGAUAAGCAGAAGUGCAUCUUCAGUGAGGAACAAUGGUUCAAGCCCACUGAGUUUGAGAGGUUUGGUAUGAAGGAGAGGAACAAAAAGUGGAGAACCAGCAUCCUUUGCAGUGGGAUUCCACUCCAGAAACUCAUAGAGGAUGGAUUCCUUCCAGCUACAACCUUUAAAAAAGGCAGGGUUCAGGAUGCAAAGAAGAAAACAAGUCAUGUGGGUUUGAAAAAACAAGAACCACAUGAAAAGAUCGAAGACAAUCAAGACGACGACGACGACGAUGAUGAUGAUGAUGACACUAUUGACAUGAGCGUGUUUGAAGGUCCAGUCCUACCUGUUACCUGUGGUUCUGAUUCUGGCAUUCUACACAAAAAUCGAUUUUCCACAGGGCGUUGUAGGAGAUGCAUAAGAACAGACAGCUUCUGGCUGACGACUGAGGAUUUCAUCAAAUUGAGCAAACCAGAUGGAACAUGGAAGAAAGACAUUGUUUCCCAUGGAAUGCCUCUUGGGAAGCUUAUAACGAAAAGAGUUUUGGAACCACAUGCAGUCAACUGUGAUUGUGAUUUCUGUCAAGAACCGGAUCAGAACCUACUGAAUGAUGACGUGUGUUUCGUGUGUAACUCUGAAGGAGAGCUUGUAUGUUGUGAUGAGUGUCCACGAGCUUUUCAUUCACACUGUCACAUACCCGCUGUACAUGGAGACUCAUCUGGCCAGUGGAGCUGCACAUUUUGUGUGAUGAAGAAUGUGGAAAGUUCUAAUCAAAGGAUCCAACAGGAUGUUUCGAGCAGUCCAGUCUCUCAGUACACACUGCACUGCCAAUACCUGCUGUUACACCUGCUACGUGAGAGCAAGACUGACCCCUGUGCCAAUGUUCCAGGAUACAGUGAGAACAUCUGUGGUCCCAUGAUGCUGGGCAGAGUGAAAAUAAACUUGGAGAAUAAUGACUACCAAACAGUGCGAGAGUUUAUCACAGCUAUUGAAUAUGUUUUCCACCACUGCACCGCCAACAGGGAUAAUGACUUCAGUAGAAUGACCUCUAGGCUUAAGGAACUGUUUGAAAUGGUCUUUAAGCCCCUGUAACAUCACACCUUAAAAAGAAGUAAAAAAGGGAAAAAUAUUUAGACAUUACAAAGGUGUUCAGUUAUAAACAAUUACUUACAGUGCAUUCAACUCACCACCUUUUGAAAAAAUGGGUUUAAUUUGAAGUAUGUAAUUUACAUGAUUGGUCCAAAACAAACGACUUUUUGUUGUUGCUGCUGUUGUUUGUUUUUUGCAUUGAACGUGGUGAGGUGGGGAAUAUUUAUUCGUAUUCCUCUUAUUAAGGUAUAAAUAAAAUAGAGUUUCAGUUUAGACAAUACAAUGGUUGUCGUAUAUAAUAUAAAAAGAGAAAGUCUCUCUGUGUGUGUGUGUGUGUGUGUGUGUGUGUGUGUUUUCAGGUCAUUAAAUAGGCUGAAAUGACAGUACAAAAUAAUCAUCCAAAGAAAUUGAUGGUCCUCCUUUACCUGGACCAAUCUGCAGCACAACCCAUAACCAUCAGCAAAAGUAUUACUGUAUAUUCUUUUUGUGAAUGUUUCAUCUGGUAUUUUUAUAGUUUUAUUUUCAAUCAGAUCCAUACUCCUAUCCCUCAUCUCUCAUUUGAUCCUGUCAGAAAAUAAAUAUGGCACUACCCUGGCUAAGUUUUUCU